CGUCCCGAGACGACGCGGCGACGCCGCACUGUCAUCGGCGUCGCGACGCAGGGUGGUAAGGCACACACAGCCUCCUGUCCUUUUCCAGAUCGAUCCGUCUGGCCGACAGGCAAAAUCGCUAGAAAAUCUUCGAGGCUAAGGUCUGCUAUGUCAAAGAGCAACGGCACGUCCAACGUCGCUCGUUAUGCCAAACUACCGAGGAUCCAUAUUCGAUAGCAGCAAUGAACAUCAAACAUGACAACGCCAUCUUCGAACGACUCAACGAACUAUACUUAUCUCUUAUGUGUUAUUUUUGUUGUUGGACGACACAGUGACAUAUUACUAUCGAAUACUAUAAGUUUGACGUAACGUUGCGGCGACGUGCUACCUAUACAUUCAUUUUAUGAAAAGCUGUCUUUAACGUCUGAAUAUGAGCACCGCGAAAUAAUUUUCUGACUAUAUCCAUAAAGCGAGUAUGUGCAGAAAAAAAGUUCGAAGUGACAGACAAUUUGACAACGUGGAUUAUACACAACUUACAGAAACCGAUAAUGGUUUCUUCGAUUCCCAAUUUGUAAGCCCACCAGUGAAGAUACCAUGGAAGGCUAUUACCUUAGCUGCUCUCCUAUUUGUUGGAGGGACCAUCAUGCUCAUUAUGGGAAGCCUGAUUGUGAGUGGACACAUUGAUUCAAAAUAUUCAGAUCGGAUGUGGCCAGUGAUAAUUUUAGGGGCCUUGAUGUUCAUACCGGGGGCUUAUCACAUGAGGGUGGCUAUCUUGGCGUAUCAAAAAGUACCUGGUUAUUCAUUUGACGAUAUACCUGAGUUUGAUUAGGAUUUAUGCAAAUGUGCUGUACUUAUCAAUUUGAAAAAUUAAUUUAUUAAUGAGAAAUCUUUUGUUAUACACAGUAGAUUAAGUUACAUAAAAACAGAACAUGUGGAAAUAUACAGGGUAUCUGAUAAUUAUCGACACAAUGCUCGUAGGUAGAUAGAGUGGACUAAACUGAACAUAAAAGUCUUUUGUUAUCUUGUAAUUUUCGUAAUAAUUAACGAGAAAUCAAUUCACAAAGACUUACGAAUCAAUGUGUCCGUAUGAUUUUGCGAAAAGAUAUUGUCUGAUGUUUAUGAAUAUAGGCGAGCAGCAAAAGGAGCACUCUGUAAACAAUGUGUCCUCGUGAAUAGCAUUGUUAUUUAUAAAGCCAAGAAAUUGUAAAUAUUGGGUUAUCUCUUGUCGACAAAUCACGUGGAUGCACGCUUAUUCGUAGAUGUUUAUAAAUUAAAUUUCUCAUUAGGCGAUUUUUGGCGAUCGUCUGGUAUAUGUACCAAGGUUAUUAUUGGUAGGGGUGGAGCUUGGUAGGUGGAGUCAUUCUGGUACCUUGAACAUUAGAAUGUUCUGGUAUACUUUGGUAUACCUUGGUACAUAUAUCAGACGAUCGCCAAAAAUCGCCUAUUAUUGCGGAAAUCAUGGUAUAGAAAAUGGCGCAAAAACUUUUUUGUUCUUAAUUUAGUUCACUCUAUGUAUCAACCUAUUAAUAUUAUAUUAAUACUUAUCAGAUAAUCUGUGUUCUUUUUUUCGUGUUGAUAUUUUGUAUAAAAUAGCGAAACAAAACACAUUUAUAACUACUUGUGAUUAUUACCACUGUGUUCUUUUAUGCAUAAAAUAUCUUCUUUGUAUGUACACAAAUGUCAAGAAACUAUAAUGCAACAGUCGAUUAUCAAAAAUGAUAAAAAUAAUUUUAAAAUAAAUUUGUCUGCAUAUAAUUAUAAAAUAUAAAAAGGUGUAAUUUGAAAUGUAGUAUUUAUUACGGAAUUUUGAAAUUAUAUGUUUACGUUCGUAUUAUUUUAUCAAACCUGUUAAAUAUAGACUAACGUAAAUUAUGUGUGUACAAAUAUUCUUAACUUUAUUUACUCGUAUCUUUGUUUAUUACGUAUAAUUUUAUACAUGUACAAAGUAAAUAGAUAAUCAUAAGUUUAGAUAAAAAUUUUUUUAUGUAUAAAAUUACAUGUGAUAUAUUUAUGUCUUUACACGAUAAAAUGAUUAACAAAGUUACAAAAAAUGUCUGUAAUAUAAAAAAAUAAUAAAAAUUAAUAAACAAAA